AUGGCUGGCUUUCUCGAUGAAGCAUUGGCUCUCACCUCAUCAAGAUCGACCCCAAGACGACGUGAAAUAGUAUGCAUUUUCCCCGAUAACUGCCCUGAUUUCACUAGUUUCAUGGAUUGUUCCCUCCCUAUGAAGACGUCUGUCCGAAGUACCAUUCAAACCCCUCGAGCAGAUACGAGGAUCAAAAGCCCCAAAGCACAAGCUGCUCGACCUCGGACAACAAAGUCGUUAGCAUCUACUCGAAAAGCUCCUCUUCGGCAAAACUCCAACCCUCCCCAGCCUGGAGCCAUUAUGUUCGAUAUCCCUGGUAGAGGAAGUGGCAAGGAGAAUAUCCCACCUGGAAUGUCUGGCAAUUUCAGCGUGAAGAGCAAACCGAUUGGUCUUUCACCCGUAUGUCGAACGACUCAUCAAACCGAACGAAAGAAUGCUUCCGCAAAAAGCUCCCAGAUGAGACCCAGAAAUACACGCGAAAAGCCAGCAAUCCGAACCGCGAUUGGUGAAGUCCGAGGGAAUAAUUCCAUUGUCCCGAAACCACGACUGCAGACUUCAGUCGCCCCCCAAAGCCAAGCCUCAAGUUGGACAGAUGUGCGAGCUUUCCUGCAAUCAAAUCGAGAUUUCCAAAGCAGUUAUAUCGCAACUACUGUGAUAGAACUUGUCCGCCAGUACUGGAUGUUCAAAGGGAAUAUUGAGUGCAAGAGGCGACCGGGACGAAGCGCAUUGAUUUCUUUUUUUAAAGGCCCUUGCGCUCCUUCCACCAGUCUGACCAUUGAGUCUGCCGCUCCAGCCCCAACUGCCCUUUCUUCAUGGGUCCUCCACACGCCUAGACAUGAGCAGUUUGCUGUGGUCAUCCAGCGAGCGUGGCGCUCCUACAUGGAACAUCUAAAAGAGAGCCAGUCCGCCAUGGCCGCCAAUGUCAGAAUCAAAUGGGCGACGGGGGUGAUCGCUCGUUGGUGGUGUAGGGUCAGAUCCAGUCAAAAGCGACAGAAGACGCCCAGACGCAAGCCUGCUGCUCGGCGAUCCGCUGGUCAUCAAAGCCGCGGCCGCGUGGGCAUACGCCGGCUCUGA